AUGAGCUCCGAAUCUCGUCAAGCCACCGGGGCUAGCGGCAAGGCCAAACGACGAUUGGCGGAUCCAGAUGAUGAUGGCAAGGCGAAUGCACAAGACGACCCUGCCCUGCCCAAGCGGCAGCGGGUAUCACGAGCCUGCGACAGUUGUCGAUCGAAAAAGGACAAAUGCGACGGAAUACAACCAGUCUGCUCGACCUGUGCCUCGCUAGGCCGGCCCUGCACCUACAAGGCCAAUCCCAAGAAGCGAGGUCUUCCGACAGGGUAUAUUCGGUCGCUGGAACUGCUAUGGGGUUUGGUAUUUCAGAAAAUCCAAGGCAGUGAAGAUGUGAUGCGUGCCUUGAUGAGAUCGAUCAACCUCCCCAGCCAUCUUGCAACGAUGGGCAAGGAGGCGGAAGGAUCGGAUACCCUGCUAUCGUCAUUCAAGAAUAGUACUGUGCUGAGGGAUAUUGAGCGCAUGCUGGUGGUCCUCGAACAGCCAGAGGAGGAGAGGGAACGAAGUCUUCAAGCGUAUGGUGAUGGUGACACACCAUUGGACGUCGAUGAUGUCCUGGCCUCGUCAGAAGCGCACGAAUGGCAAAUACCAGAAGGACUCGAGUAUCGGGAAACGCCAUUCACGGGGAUAUCGCCCUCGCGCGCGUCCAUGAUUAGCUCGGCCCCGAGACCUCCUGGGUACCGGACUCGAGAGUCAGGUGUACAAACCAUACCCGAGGAGAUACAGUCACCUCCUCUCGCCAUCUCGCUCAAUGCUGAUGAUCGCCGAUUGAUUACCAGCAACGAGCUACUCCAACUUCCUUCCAACGCAUGGCCCCUUCUCGAUAUUUACUUUUCAUACACACAGUGUUGGUUUCCAAUCCUGGAAAAACAUGACAUACUACGCACCGCUUAUCAAUACGCCGAAGGCGAUGUCUCCAUGUCACGCACAGCGCCCGGGUCUGGAGAUCAUGCUGCAUUGUGGGCUGUCCUGGCUCUGGCCUCUUUUCAAGAUACGUCCGCCAAUGCCGCCCACCUAUCCGAUAACCUGGCCCAUCCUCAUAUGGACUCCUUCCGAAUGUAUAAUACGGCUCGGGAACUCAUUCCGUCCGAGAUUGGCCCAUAUGAACUCGGCCAUGUCCAAGCACUGCUUAUCUUGUCUUUGAUUAAAUUCGGCCAGCAGCAAUGGACUUCCGCAUGGAUGCUUGUGGGACAUGCUGUUCGGAUUGCCCAGACAUUGGGUCUGGACCGACCAUCUUUCACAGCUCCAUCACGAUCUCCGGACAAACAACUGGGACGAGCCAAGCAUGUCUUCCUGGGGUGUUUUGUGCUUGAAACGCUGAUUGCGGAGCAUACCUCACAAUGUCCGUCACUGCGGAAGGACGACCUCGCCAGGGUAGGGGGUAUCAAUGAGGAUGGACUAGAGGAAUGGCAUCCAUGGGAAGAUCAGACUAGUUUCCGUCCGACCCAGUCUUCUCGUGCUUCUAUGCAGCGCGGUCCUCUCCAUGCCCUGAGCACGUUCAACCGACUCGUUUCUCUAGUGUCGAUUUUAAACGACCUCUGUUAUUAUAAGCAAGACCCGACGAUCUCUCGUUCGCAACUAGAAUCACUUGAGAUGCAGCUGCAGCGAUGGGCCUCGGCGCUUCCGAAGAGUUAUCGAGUCGAUUUACAAAAUCGCCCAAUCAAGUUGCCAUCACCUCACAUCUUUGGACUUGAAAUGACAUAUCAAAGUAUUGUCGCAGCGUUGAGUCUGCAGAUUGCUGCGCGUGAAAGUGACCAAAAUUUGCCCGAAAUACCCCACAAGGGGAAGGCAAUUGAGAGCUCUAAACGCCUGCUCCAACUGCUUCUGGUCUUCAUGGAAACCUACAGUCACUCCGCAACUGCGCCUACCUUUGGGAUGAUCCUUGGGUAUUGUCUUCCACGGUCAGUCUCCCGGAGCCUGGUGACCGACAUUGAGAUAGGGCUUCGGGCACAAAUUGAAUCGUUGGCGUCCAAUCUUAGGCAGCUCUGGGUUACGCAAGAUCAAUCCCUAGCAGGUCCAGUUUCCGCACCGAGGAAUCAACCACAACCGCUGGACAUUACUCCUUCCACUGAACACGCAACCCUGCAGCAUCAUAUCAUGCCAGUAUCGACUCCCCGUCAUCUUCUCUCCUCGACCGACUUGCAGCCCACUCAAAACGAAAGCCAUCUUCCCCCAUCUGAACAUUUCCUCUCCACUCCUUGGCUCCGAGCGACACAAGGCAUCGACGAUAAUGGCGGUCUCAUUCACACGCCUACACCAUCCAUGACUACUGUCGGUGGCGCCUCAGAAGUCUCGGUACAGCCAGGUCAAUUAGAGGGAUUUCGACAAUCGACUACGUCCGUCCCGGCUAAAGCUCAAAACAUCAUUCCCGAUUUUCCGCCAUCCUUCCCCUCCGGCGGGCAGUACUCUACAUACCAAGAUCCCUCCCUCAACAUUAGUCCCUAUGUCGACAUGGAUGGCUACGGGCCUGCACGGCGUCAACAACCGCAAAGAAUCGCACCGGAUCUGGAUGCUUUGUUUGACGAGCUUGCAUCGUUGGAUGGCGCUGAAAAACCUGACAAUCAACCCGAGUUCAUGCAAAACCUCGGCUUCGUCGCGGAAAGUGGCGUACCGGAGCUAUUCUCUUUCUCCAGUCAGAUUGAGCCAUUUUUGCUGGCACAAACGCAACAAUUGUCCGGCACCGCGCCUCCUUCUGUGCGACAGGAGUCGAUCAGCAUUUCAGGGACACCUAAAAGGUGA